AUUACUCAAACGUUAUUAUUAUAGUUUUGCACAAAAUCCAAAACUUCCCCUUCGCGGGUAGGAUUUCCGCGCGAGUAAAAUUUCAAUCGACCUCCUCAUUCCCAUCCUCCGACGCCGACGGUGCAAAAACUAACCGUCGCAAGCGGCGCCAUGGAUGGUCCUGCAACACCCUCCAAGAACAAGAACUCUGAUGGUGCUUCCAAGUUUCUUCUCGAUCUUCCCUCCAAAGGCCUUUUCUCAUCCUCCGUCAUUUCUUCCAAUUUGGGUGGAAUGCGGGUCUACAUAACUGAUCAUGACACUACACCUCCAGAAAAUCAGCUUAUAAAGACUGAUCAAGUGAACAUACUGAUUAGAUCACUUCUCCUUAAGCAACAACAGAAGUCUGGAACAACUUCAAAGAAUGCAAAGGGUGCAGGCACAAAUGAGGGUUCAAGAAAGAGGGCCCCAGAAAGAGCUGCGGAUGGUAGGGCUUCUGCUAAGAGGGCAGCAUCCACCACCCAAAAUGGGUUCCGCCAAGACGUAUUGAAGUCACAGAUACCUGAAAAUCUUCAAAGUUUGACUGUUGAGAGACUUCGUGCACUUCUGAAGGAGAGGGGUUUGUCCGUAAAAGGGAAGAAGGAUGAACUGAUUGCAAGGUUGAGAGUGAGAGGUACCACUACCACUGGUUCAGCAAGCUCAUCUGCUGCAGCUAAGCCAUUAAUAUAAUAUAUAAUGGCAUAAUGGUAAAAACACCCAACUUUUUUUGAGUCCAAUUUGGUAUUUGCGUAUGGGCUUCUAUUUAAUUUAAUAGAUCUUAUUUUUGUGCAUGUGGAUUUUUAAUUUUCUGAUAGCUGGACAAGGGGUUGUAGUUGUACUGUACAACAACUCCAGUAAGCCAAUAUAAUAUAAUAUAAUAUAAUAUAGUAGUAUGUGUUUUGUUUGUUGUACAAUUGAAUGCAGU